AUGUCGGGCGCGGGCCGGGAGGUGGUCACCCUGCAGCUCGGGCACUACGCCGGAUUCGUCGGCGCCCACUGGUGGAACCUGCAGGAUGCGGCCCUGGGCCAGGCCGGGCCCGGGGAGCUGUGCCCCCACAUCCAGUUCCGCACAGGCCGGACCCCGCAGGGGCCGGACCCCCGCACGCCGCGCCUCAUCCUCCUGGACCUCAAGGGCAGCCUGAGCUCCCUGCCACAGGAAGGGGUGACGGACCAGGCCCAGCGGGCCCCCCUGGCAUGGCAGGGGAAAGUAUCGACUCACAGAGAGGAGCCCCCCGACCUCCGUGACGCGCCGAGGGCCGAGGCCACGACAGCGCCCGCGCCCGGCCCCCGCGUCUGGUCGGACGUCCUGCGGGUCCCGCUGCACCCACGCAGCGUCUGCCUCGUCCACCGGUUCAACCACGACGGGGCCACGGGGCGGCUGGAGGCCUUCGGCCAGGGGGAGCGGCUGCUGGGCGAGCCGCGCUACGCCGACGAGCUGGAGGAUCGGCUCCAUUUCUUCGUGGAGGAGUGCGACUGCCUGCAGGGCUUCCAGGUGCUGUGCGACCUGCACGACGGCUUCGCCGGGGUCGGGGCGCGGGCGGCCGAGCUGCUGCGGGACGAGUACCCGGGCCGGGGGAUCCUCACCUGGGGGCUGUGCCCCCCGCCGCCGCGCUCGGGGCCGCGCCCACCGGGGGUCUACCGCCUGCUGAACACGGCGCUGAGCCUGGUCCCGCUGGCCGCCCACAGUUCCCUCCUGUGCCCCUUGACGCUGGGCGGGGGGCUGGGCCUGCGCCCGCCCCCGCCGCCCGUCUUCCCCCUCCUGCACUACGAGGCGUCGGACCCCAACCACAGCUCAGCCAUCCUGGCCACGGCUCUGGACACGGUGACCGUCCCCUACCGCCUCCGCUGCGCCCCGGCCUGCGCGACGGACCUGGCGGCCCUGCUGUGCGCCGCGGGGAGAAAGGUGGUGGGGGCGUCGCUGGCCCUCCCGUUCCCGCUGUCGCCCGGGCGGACGCUGCCGGACGCCCUGAGCGGGCUGGGGGCCGCAUGCCCCUGGACGGCGCUGGCGGCCCGCGCCGAAGACGCGGGGGGCAGCUUCGCCCAGAGCGUGGUCCUGCGAGGAGUGGAGCCCGACCGCCAGACCGGCCCCGUCCCGCCGGGCACGGUGCCCCCCUCCGCCCUGCACGCUGCCGCCAGCGGCGACGAGGUCCUGGCUCUGUACCUGCAGCGGGUCCAGCCCGGCGUCUCCAGCGUCUCCCGGCUGCUGCGGCACCCGUGCCCCGUGCCCCCGACCUUCCCGCGCCUCUUCUCCUCUCGCCUCAGCACGCGGGGCCUGGUCCUGGACCGGCCCGGCGCCGGGCCCGCCGUGGAGGCCGUCCCGGUGCUGGCAGGGCUGCAGUCGUGGCACGGGCUGGGCCGGGCCCUGCGGGGGCUGGCGGGCGAGCUGGCCCGGGUGGACGUGCGGCGCUGGGCCAGCUACCUGGACGCCGGCGUGGAGCUGGACGACGUGGCGGAGACCGUCCACGCGCUGAGGGCCCUGGCCGGCUGCUACCGCGACGACGACGACGAGGAUGACGACGACGACGGCUGAGGGGGUCCGCGCUGCCCACACGCUCACCGGACUUUCGAAUAAAACGAUGCCCUGCCGGCCCCCACGGGGCCACAG